GGGGCCAGGGAGGAGCUGGAGCGGGAGGAAGGGUGUUUCCUGGCACUGCGUCCUCGUUUGAGUGACUCAGGCAGGAAACUCCCAUCUCCGCGCGGCCCUGGGAAAGGGAAAAGCGGCCCCGGCGAGGCCAACUCGUCAAAGCACCACCUUCUCGCCUUUGCGCCGCGGGGGUGCAGUGAGGGAGUUGCGGCUCGGGGGCUAGUUGCAGCCGUGGCUGGCCGAAAGGGAAGCAAAGCCGCGGGCCUCUCUCCGGGAAGGCGGGUGAGAAAAACUUUCCUGUCCGUGUGGCGCCGCCCCUCCUCCUCUCUCUAGUUGCCCUCGGAGGAAGCCUGACUCCUUCGUAAACUCAAAAUGACUGCUCAAGUCACCCUGGAGGACGCUUUGUCCAAUGUAGAUCUCUUGGAAGAAUUACCACUGCCAGAUCAGCAACCAUGUAUUGAGCCCCCUCCGUCAUCUUUACUUUAUCAGCCAAACUUCAACACCAAUUUUGAAGAUAGGAAUGCAUUUGUCACAGGCAUUGCAAGAUACAUUGAACAAGCAACUGUUCAUUCUAGUAUGAAUGAAAUGUUGGAAGAAGGCCAAGAAUAUGCUGUCAUGUUAUAUACAUGGAGAAGCUGCUCAAGAGCCAUCCCUCAGGUGAAAUGCAAUGAGCAGCCAAACAGAGUGGAAAUUUAUGAAAAAACUGUGGAAGUUCUAGAGCCAGAAGUCACAAAGCUAAUGAAUUUUAUGUAUUUUCAGAGAAACGCAAUUGAAAGAUUCUGUGGGGAGGUGAAGAGAUUGUGUCAUGCAGAAAGGAGGAAGGACUUUGUCUCUGAAGCUUAUCUGAUUACUCUUGGAAAAUUUAUCAACAUGUUUGCUGUUUUAGAUGAGCUGAAAAAUAUGAAGUGCAGUGUGAAGAAUGAUCAUUCAGCCUAUAAGCGGGCUGCCCAAUUUUUGCGUAAAAUGGCUGAUCCUCAGUCAAUCCAAGAAUCCCAGAAUCUCUCCAUGUUUCUGGCCAACCACAACAAGAUUACGCAAUCUUUACAGCAACAACUUGAGGUGAUUCCUGGCUAUGAAGAGCUGCUUGCUGAUAUUGUGAAUUUAUGCGUAGAUUAUUAUGAAAACAAGAUGUAUCUAACACCUAAUGAAAAGCACAUGCUUCUAAAAGUAAUGGGCUUUGGCUUGUACCUCAUGGAUGGUAAUGUCAGUAACAUCUAUAAGCUGGAUGCCAAGAAAAGGAUAAAUCUGACAAAGAUAGAUAAGUUUUUUAAGCAACUGCAAGUGGUUCCACUUUUUGGCGACAUGCAGAUUGAACUGGCGAGAUAUGUUAAGACCAGUGCUCACUAUGAGGAGAAUAAAUCUAGAUGGACAUGCACUUCUUCCAGCAGUAGUCCCCAGUACAACAUCUGUGAACAGAUGAUCCAGAUAAGAGAUGACCACAUGCGCUUUAUUUCGGAACUGGCUCGUUACAGCAAUAGUGAGGUGGUGACUGGAUCUGGCCGUCAAGAAGCUCAGAAGACAGAUGCCGAGUAUCGAAAACUCUUUGACCUUUCUCUCCAGGGUCUUCAGCUUCUGUCUCAGUGGAGUGCACAUGUGAUGGAAGUGUAUUCAUGGAAACUAGUCCAUCCAACUGACAAAUAUUCUAACAAAGAUUGCCCAGACAAUGCAGAGGAGUACGAAAGAGCAACACGAUACAACUAUACUAGUGAAGAGAAAUUUGCUCUUGUUGAGGUCAUUGCAAUGAUUAAAGGGUUGCAGGUAUUGAUGGGCAGGAUGGAAAGUGUCUUCAAUCAUGCCAUUCGUCAUACCAUCUAUGCUGCUCUCCAGGACUUUGCCCAGAUCACACUUAGAGAACCUUUGAGACAGGCUAUCAAGAAGAAGAAGAAUGUCAUCCAAAGUGUUCUGCAGGCCAUCAGAAAGACUGUGUGCGACUGGGAAGGAGGACAUGAGCCGUUUAACGACCCUGCACUGAGGGGAGAGAAAGAUCCCAAAAGUGGCUUUGAUGUUAAAGUCCCAAGGCGAGCAGUGGGCCCCUCUAGUACCCAGCUUUACAUGGUGAGAACCAUGUUAGAGUCCCUCAUUGCUGACAAAAGUGGUUCCAAGAAAACCUUGAGAAGUAGCCUUGAGGGGCCCACCAUAUUGGACAUAGAAAAAUUCCACCGAGAGUCUUUCUUCUACACCCACUUGAUAAAUUUCAGUGAAACAUUGCAGCAAUGCUGUGAUUUGUCCCAGCUAUGGUUCAGGGAGUUCUUUUUGGAACUGACAAUGGGCAGAAGAAUCCAGUUCCCUAUUGAAAUGUCUAUGCCUUGGAUUCUGACAGACCACAUUUUGGAGACCAAGGAAGCAUCAAUGAUGGAAUAUGUUCUGUACUCUUUGGACCUUUAUAAUGACAGUGCUCAUUAUGCACUUACCAAAUUCAAGAAGCAGUUUCUCUAUGAUGAAAUUGAGGCAGAGGUCAACUUGUGCUUUGACCAAUUUGUCUACAAGUUGGCAGACCAGAUAUUUGCCUACUACAAGGUUAUGGCAGGAAGUCUGCUUCUGGAUAAACGAUUAAGAUCAGAGUGCAAGAAUCAGGGAGCAACAAUUCCUUUGCUAACAUCUAACCGGUAUGAGACGCUGCUAAAGCAGAGACAUGUCCAGCUUCUUGGUCGGUCUAUUGAUUUGAACCGCCUUAUCACUCAGCGAAUUUCAGCAGCCAUGUACAAAUCAAUGGAACUGGCAAUCAGUCGAUUUGAAAGUGAAGAUUUGACUUCCAUUGUUGAGUUGGAUGGGUUAAUAGAAAUAAACAAGAUGACACACAAGCUCCUUAGCAGAUACAUGAUGUUGGACAGUUUUGAUGCCAUGUUCAGAGAAGCCAACCAUAAUGUAUCAGCUCCCUAUGGAAGAAUCACCCUUCAUGUCUUUUGGGAGCUCAAUUAUGAUUUCCUUCCAAAUUAUUGCUACAACGGAUCUACUAACAGGUUUGUUCGAACAGUACUACCCUUUUCUCAGGAAUUCCAGAGAGAUAAACAACCAAAUGCACAGCCCCAAUACCUGCAUGGAUCAAAGGCUUUGAAUCUGGCAUAUUCCAGCAUUUAUAGCAGUUACAGGAACUUCGUUGGUCCUUCACAUUUCAAAGUCAUCUGCAGACUCCUGGGAUAUCAAGGGAUUGCUGUAGUAAUGGAAGAGUUAUUAAAAGUUGUCAAGAGUCUGUUACAAGGCACAAUUCUUCAGUAUGUGAAGACUUUAAUGGAAGUAAUGCCCAAAAUCUGUAGGUUGCCGAGGCAUGAGUAUGGUUCCCCAGGGAUUCUAGAAUUCUUUCAUCAUCAGCUGAAGGACAUUGUUGAAUAUGCAGAACUGAAAACGGUGUGUUUCCAGAACCUGCGAGAAGUGGGCAAUGCUAUUCUCUUCUGCCUCCUCAUUGAGCAGAGCUUGUCGCUGGAGGAAGUGUGUGACCUGUUGCAUGCUGCACCAUUCCAGAAUAUUUUACCAAGAGUUCAUGUCAAAGAGGGUGAAAGACUUGAUGCUAAAAUGAAGAGACUAGAAUCAAAGUAUGCUCCACUCCACCUUGUCCCAUUGAUUGAAAGGCUAGGAACGCCUCAGCAAAUUGCCAUAGCGAGAGAAGGAGACUUGUUGACCAAAGAGCGGCUGUGCUGUGGCCUAUCAAUGUUUGAAGUCAUCCUAACCAGGAUCCGAACCUUCCUUGAUGACCCCAUCUGGCGUGGCCCUCUCCCCAGCAAUGGUGUGAUGCAUGUGGAUGAGUGUGUGGAAUUUCACCGCCUCUGGAGUGCAAUGCAGUUUGUCUACUGUAUUCCUGUGGGGACACAUGAAUUUACUGUGGAACAGUGUUUUGGAGAUGGGCUCCAUUGGGCUGGCUGUAUGAUUAUUGUGCUGCUGGGGCAACAACGUCGAUUUGAUGUGCUGGAUUUCUGCUACCACUUACUGAAAGUACAGAAACAUGAUGGCAAAGAUGAGGUCAUAAAGAACGUGCCUUUGAAGAAAAUGGUUGAGAGAAUCCGCAAGUUCCAGAUCCUAAAUGAUGAGAUCAUUGCAAUAUUGGACAAAUAUUUGAAAUCUGGUGAUGGAGAAGGCACACCAGUAGAACAUGUCCGCUGUUUCCAGCCUCCUAUUCACCAGUCCUUGGCCAGCAACUAGAAAAAAUCUACACUGUGCUCCACCUUGGAAGUCGUGUGUGAUGCUCCAUGUUGCCUGACUGAAUUUGGUGGCUAUUCAAGUAUGUCUUGACCUUCAUGGCUUUCCAAUAUUGCCUGAACCUUCUGAAAAGGAAGUCUUUAGUUUUGUUUCUAAGCACAGUAGUUGUACACAAUUCUCAAUUUUUAGACUACUUUUUAUAUACUUUUGAUAAAAGGCUUUGGAACAUAGCCUAUUUUUAGUCUUAAAAUACUUUCCAUUUUUCCAGUUCUUGUAAUCAUUAGAGUGCUUUGGAGUGUGGGGGGUGUUUCUACACUUGUCCAACUAUUAACAAAAAUGAGUAUUUAACGUGUAGGGGUACACAAUUUAACAUGAGUAGGGAUAUGUUUUUGUAAUUUGCUUGUAUAAAGAAAACAUUUUAAACUGCUUAGCUCCAAGGAGAACUUCCUUUGCAAUUUCAUGGGUAUCUUUUGGAAUGUUUUCUCUGGGAACAUCUGUGUUUCCCAAAAUAUUAACAACUUUGGAAAUAAAGUUUUUAAGGGGGAUUUUAAGAAAUGGUUUUAAGAGGAAUUUUAAAGCAAGACUGUAAGAUGACAGCAAUUAAUGGAUUAUUUUAUUGUGUUAAAUUUGUAGGGCCCAUUCAUACAUUUGGACUUAAUUGUCCUGUUAGCAUUGAAGGCAUCCAACUGUGAGUUAAUUCCUGCUACUGCUCAGAAGGCAGGAACCAUGCAAUUUGAUGUUAUUUUUAAGUUUCUUAUAUAAAAUAGGAAAAUCUGAGUCACAGUUUCCACAUCGCACUGGAAGACAAAAGCCGGCAGAACAGUUCUCACUACAUAUAGAACACUUUGGUUUGAUACUUAACAGUUUGGAAUUAUAUCCUUUUCAAGGUUUGUUUGUUCUUUCUCAGAAAAGGACUCACCCCCUUCACAGCAUCUAGCUCUUCCUGUUGCUGAGGCUUGGGAAUACUUACAACUUUACUUUUAUGUAUCAUGGUUCAAGUAAUUCCAACUGUGUCUGAAAUUAAAUCCUGAAUUAAAACAUGUUAAAGACAACGGUA